GAGCGGGAACGUUAGUCGUUAGGAAAGCUUCUCGAAGUUUCCACGUGUUGGCGACGACUGCGGUACAUAUUGAGCCAACGAGAGAAAAGUUAGACGAGCAAAACUAUCCUGGCUGUUUUUUUAUUUUAUUUUAUUUUAUUUUAUUUUUUUUGAUUCACUCGUGGAGAAGAGACUACUUGGUGCGACCUGGACUGAACCCCAACAACGAGUGCCACCAGAGGCGUAGGGGAAAAAUUUACAGAGGAGAACACUGACGUUCCUUGACCACCUACGUUCGUUGAGGGCGGUUUUGCCGGCAGCACCCACGGGAUGGCAAUCGCAUGCUGUGAGGGACACAGGAAGAAAAGGAGAGGCAUAGUUUUCUGGCGACCGGUAAAGGGUGUAGGCCUGUAUGUUGCGCACCCCCACACUGUGACUUCAUUACCGAGCAAGGCAAGUAGGAAAGCAAGAGUGAAGGGGCCACUGGAUGGCACUGAGCAGGAGACCCUUCUCGACUUGGAGGCUUUGGAAUUCUUUUGACGACCUUGCACAGGAUGGACGCUGGACACUAGAUUGGCAGAGCGUGAGGCAACAUGCAGCACACCUCUUGCACCGAGGACAGGAUUCAGCACGCUCUGGACCGAUGCCUGGAUGGACUGAGGCAAAGUCCCACAGCAGCACAUCGCUGGGAUGUGCUGAUGUGCUCCGUUGGCCAGUCAAUGAACCGGUGGAGCCUAGAGGAGCUGGUCAAGAGGGACCCUGACAACUCCAUCAUCCUCUUGCAGCAAAUCCUGAGGAAGACCAAAGAGGUGCAGGAGAGGUGUCAGUAUGAGCUGGUGGCGGCACUUGCCAUCAUGUUCACGUCCACGCUGCUGCAGACACCUUACUGUCCUCCUGACACUGAGCUUCUAGAAAGAGCCACGGAGGUAUUCCGUACCUUCCUCACAUGGCCGGAGCCUUACUGCAGUGUGUGUCGAAACCUGCUCUCCACACUACAGCUGGAGAUGAAGGCUCCAGGGAUUUCCUUUCAGAGACUGGUGCGAGAAGAGCAAGAUCUGAACACCAACUGUCAGUCCUCAAAGACCAUGACGGUGCUGCUUAUGAACCCAAGCGAGGUGCCUUCUGACUUUCUGUCAGUGGCCGAGCAACUCAGUGGCGUUCAGCACUCGGAGAAAGACACCUACAUCACUCUCAUCAAACAUGCCUUCCAGUCCACACUUGGCAACAAGUAUCCCCUCUACAGUAUCCAUGAAACCUUGCAAGCAAAAGGUGUUGUUGAACUGGGUGAGAUGUUCUCCACAAUCAGCGGUGUGUUAGAGACUGCUGCAGCCAUGAGUGACCCUCUGGAGGCACGUGGUCACGUAAUAGAGGAACUAGAGCGGUUAAGGGAAAGGCUGCAUAUCCCUGCAUCCAAUGGAAUGGCAUCUGAUGGAAUGCUACAGACGCUCCCAAUCCCCACAGCCAAGUGUCGCAUGUUCCACUGGGAAAAAGAUAACUUUGAUGUCCUUAAUACCCUGCUGGAGGAUGAGCCGCAGAACUUGUCCACGAAGGAGGAUGACGAUGAGGACAUAGAGGACGAUGAGGGACACGACAGCUUAUCCCUAGUGUCGGAGUCUUACGCUCCGUCGUUCAACUCUGGAGCAGAUAGUGACUUUUUCGAGGACUCCGAUGACUCAGUCAGCUUGCCGAAGACUGCCAAAUCUCCGGCUCGGCUCAGCCAGCACUUGUACCGCCUCCUUCGUAAGCCCAAGAGGUCGAUAAACCGUGCCAAAAGUUUGGGAUACACGGAAUCCAAAGACUUUUCGGUGGUGCGAGAGAUUCGUUCGAAUUCGCUCCCCCACCAUGUGCAACUACGCAGUCCAGAGCCCUCUUCCUGUCACGCGCCGCAGAAUCAGACCGUCAGGCAAGUUUGCUUCAGGAGGAGGCCCAUUCUCAGCAGCGAUGAGGACGAGAACAGCACAACACUGAGAGUGGUGGUGUUCGGUGCGGACCAUGUCGCUGGCAAGGUGGCGCGGGCCUACAACAGCCUGAGGCAAAAAGAAAGUGCUUGCCCUCGUCUUAGCCGGGCCUUCAAAAUACAGUUCUACUUUAUGCCUGUUAAGAGAGACUCAGCAGCGGGGCAAGCUUGUCUUACCUCUUCCAGCCCAAAAGGAGUCAAUGAUGGCAUUAGUCUGAAUGGAGCAGAAAACAGCACCAAUGACAUCGCUCAUCUCCUUGGGAUGUUAGAUCCCUGGUACGAAAGAAACACUCUCAGCCUGCUUAAAUUGCCCCCCAACAUCGUCUGUCAGCAAACAUCCAAAACCGAAUCCGAAUCGUAUGACAGUUCAUAUGAGCAACGGCUCCCCAUCCUCGCUGACCUGGUCCUCUAUUAUUGCCGUUAUGCAGCGCGGCCUGCUCUGAUUCAACUCUAUCAAGCUGAGUUGACAUUUGCCAGUGGAGAGAGACGGACAGAGGUGUUCGUCCAUUCACUUGAGUUGGGUCACACUGCAGGGACAAGAGCCAUCAAGGCAAUGGGCGCUGCCAGCAAACGGUUUGGUAUCGAUGGUGAUCGAGAAGCUGUGCCUCUACAGCUUGACAUGAUGUACGAUAGGGUGGUGAUUAGUGGAAGGAGGCAAUACAAAAGAGAAUCUAAAAUGUGCACUUCAGUCAUCUUGACCAAAGCCUGCAAGAAUCCUGAAGAGCUAGACUCACAGUUGGAGUGCCUACAGCUCAGCAUGACAGAUGUUCUUAAGCGACAGAAUGGGAAAAGCAAGAAGAGCUACAACAUGCACCUCAGUUUGACCGAAGUGAAAGUGGACAAAGUGCAGAUCAGCGGUGCUGCAGACACAACCUUUGCUGUAUGUCUGGACCAGGAUGAGAAGAAGGUACUGCAAGGUGUCAUUAGGUGUGAUGUCUCAGUGUGCUCCAAACCUGACAGCUCCUCAGACUGGAGGCAGCGACGGGCCGAGAUGUCGGCUCAAAUUCAGCCACUGCACCCGAAAUUCUGCUCCCUCCUCUGUCUGCCCAUAGUGACCUUCAGUGGAGCCUUGCCCUGAGCCUGCUGAUAUCUGUCUUCACGGGCUUGGAAGAAAAGAUUGGAUAACAACUCAAAAUCAGCUCUUAUGACUGAGUUCUGAAUCUUUUAAAACAGUAAGGUCAGAGAUAGUAGGAGAAAAUGAAUAUGCACAAAGUGAGUUAACAAUGUGUAAAAUGCACAAAGUAUACAGAUACACGGUGUAGUUCAUUUUCUUGCUUCUUGCGAUAAUGCCACUUAAAUGUCUCGUAUGUUCUGUGGAUUUGGAGAAUUGCCACGAGGGCAUGGGGAUGAAUUCAUAAACUAUUUAUGUAUAAAUAUGAGCAGCAGAGGGCGAUAUUGUCCCAAAUGUUGGGUUUGGUUUAGCUACUAUUUAUGUAUAAAUAUGAGCAGCAGAGGGCGAUAUUGUCCCAAAUGUUGGGUUUGGUUUAGCUACUCAUCCAGAAGUGAUUGAUGAUGUACAGUAUAUUUGUAUGUUUUCAUUCGUUGUGUUAACAUUAGUUUUUUGUUUGUUUGUUUGUUUUAGUUUCUUAAAAAGUAGUGGCUCUAAUGCACGUUUGUUUGUUUGAAACAUUUAUUGGAACUCAAUGUAUGCACUUUCCGUAUGACAGAUGACCAUAUCUAUAUGAGGAAUGUUUGUUCCUUUUAGUGGAGCUGACAUUUCUCAGGCUGAUUUUCCUUUUACAUCAAAACAAGUUCUGAAGCACUAUGAAAAUUUUCAAAGGACUAAUAAGGUACUUUCAAGUUGUGAAACGUGUUUUAUAAAUGCAUUUCAAUUGUUCUCAUAGAAUUUAUGCAUUCUUUAUGAAUUGAAUAC